AUGGCCUUAAUGGCUGCAUGUGUUUUUGCCAAUCUUAUUGAGACAAGAAUGUAUACCGACAGUAUACAUGGAAGCCAUAAAACGUUGAGAGUCAGAGAAGAAAAUACUACAACUAUUAAUGAGACCUCGUCGACAUCCAAUGGUACAAAUGAGACUGUUUCAUCUGUCACUUUAGACCAAGUAAACCCCAUACCACAGACUGAGAAACUCUUAACGACAUCUAUGUCGACAUCUGGAGGCGAACAUCCCGGAGACGGCAACACCACAGAGGUUAGGAGUGAUCUAGAAACAAUUUUCGUCGAUCCCGCAACAAGCAUGAUCGGUAAGUUUAUUCAACAACAGACAGAUGAACGCAUCAUCGGUGGACAUGGUUCAGUUGACAUGGGAACCCACGGUAACCCGGAUGUUAGUAACGGCCGACUACUUACAGACGUCGCGAUGAAUUCGCCAAUGUUUCAAUCAAAACCAACUGCAACUGUAACAGCAAUUAAGACAACUUCCGGUGAUGUAAUCUAUACCGAGUUUGGCGGGCUUCUCAAGAAUCUGACAUCAAACCUAAAACGACAGAGCAGGUUUUCAUCAGAAGAUACAAUGUCACGUGUUAUCAAAGCGACUAUAGACAAACUUAAAACAAAAUACGACAUUGAUAUUUCCCGCUCUGGACAUAGUAUUAGUCGGAAUCAGCAACAGCCAGAACUAUUACUGCAGGAACUUUUCCCAAAUGAACGAGGGCAAAGCCAGUCUGAAAUUUCUUCUGAUAUGCAAGGCAGCCGUUCUGAUGUUACCAAUAUGAAGGAUGUAAGCGAACUUCCAUUUCAUAGUCCGGUUGGAAAAUCUGGUUUAAAUUCCAUGAACAAGUUGUUUCCUUCUGAGAGACGUACCAGUGGAAGAUUUUCUUCUCGAUUAUAUAACACACUAUUUCGCAUGUUGUUAGGAGUGCAAAAAAAUCCAACACCACGACCAACAGAACACAAGAAACACAGUAACCGAAAAAUUAAAUCGAUUGUAAAACAAAAUGGCAUUCAUGAAAAAGUACCAAGGAGACCCCCUUCGGAAAAAUCUACCGCAAUUUCAAAUUUUUUCCCUCAGACAUCAAAUAAAGAAGUUGUUCCGGAAACAUUACAACCAAAUCAUAAACAUGAGCAAAAAUCGCGGAUGUUUCAUGCUAAGCAAAGUUCUACAGGAGAAAUAGUUUCAAUGAAUGUGGACAAUUCAUCCAACAGUCAACAACUGCUUCCUGAUACCAGAAGGACGCCGGAGAUAUCUAAACCAACAAUGAAAUCUACACAAGCUGACGUGCCUGUCAUAGAACAGACAUCCACCAGAGCUAGUGGAAAAGGAACAGCAUUAAACAACCAGAAACAAGAAUUAGGUCUACCUGGUGACACCGUUACCAACAGGGAAGCUGUUAAAAGCUUUUCAGUGUCAUCUAGUCAAAUAGGAAAUAUUCAGUCACUUUCUGCCUCUCCAGAUAAGCCUCGCAAAAAUGCAAACCCGGAUACAGCACAGCUUUCACAAUCUGUGAAUACCGAAGUUAGACAAAUAGAUGAUCGGAUACUGUCUGUUCCUGUUCAGAAAACAGUACAUAAGUACAAUUCAGAGGGGAAAUUAGUAACAUUUAACGUGGAAACCUUACCAGAUGCUGGGAUAUUUUCAGGAAAUGCAGAUAUCAAUGCUAACGUGUUCAAAAAUCCGAUAUCACAACAAGGAGAAGAAUCGCAUGCUGUGAAACAACAGGGGCAUCAAAAGAAGAAACAAUUUCAGAAUCAACAUACUAAAUCAGUACUGAGAUAUGAUACAAAUGGGAAUGCAGUUACAUUUGAUGUAGAAACAUCACUAGACCCACAAAAUAGUAUCAUCACUGAUAAUUUUGAAAGUCCAAUGUUGCAACAAAAUUCAAAACAACAAAAGACAACAUUACAGGGUUCGAACUCGCAGCAGCACACUUUGUCAAUACCAAAACACGAUCCUAAUGGUAAAGUAGUCACAUUCAACGUUGAAACAUCACCAGGCCGAAACGAAGCCCGAGAGAAUGACAUAAAAUCGAACGUGUUCGAAAAUCCGGUAUCAGAACAAUCAAAAUCUCUUACGACAUUACAACACACAAAUAGCAACGUUAAGCCAUCGGUAUCCAAGACAUCUAUGAACAGCAAUAUUGUUGAAAAGAUACGAAAUCUCCAUAAUGUAUUGCAUUCUAUCAUCAAUGAAUUUCAGCAACAAUAUCAAGAACUACACAAUACAGAACACCAUCAUCGAAAGACACAGUCACCAUCGUCACAGCUGUCACAAAGCAUUCAGGAUGUUGAUAAAAAUCCUCAGUUUCAACAACAACAGCAACAACCUCGACACCAAAUGCAUGCAGCAAAACAGCAACCACCUGCACGCCAUCAACUGCAUGCAGAACAAAAACAACAACAACCUCGACACCAAAUGCAUGCAGCAAAACAGCAACAACCUGCACACCAUCAACUGCAUGCAGAACAACAGCAACAGCCUGGACGCCAUCAACUGCAUGUAGAACAAAUACAGCAACAACAUCCACGCAAUCAACUGCAUGCUGAACAACAACAACCUGCACGCCAUCAAUUGCAUGCAGAACAACAGCAACAACCUGCACGCCAUCAACUGCAUGCUGAACAACAACAACCUGCACGCCAUCAACUGCAUGCUGAACAACAACAACCUGCACGCCAUCAAUUGCAUGCAGAACAACAGCAACAACCUGCACGCCAUCAAUUGCAAGUAGAACAAAACCAACAACCUGCACGCCAUGAACUGCAUGUAGAACAAAAACAGCAACAACCUGCACGCCAUCAAUUGCAUGUAGAACAACAACAGCAACAACCUGCACGCCAUCAACUGCAUGUAGAACAAAUACAGCAACAACCUCCACACCAUCAACUGCAUGCUGAACAACAACAACCUGCACGCCAUCAAUUGCAUGCAGAACAACAACAGCUACAGCUUUCACGCCAUCAACUACAUGCAGAACAAAUACAGCAACAAACUCCAGGCCAUCAACUGCAUGCAGAACAAAUACAGCAACAAUCUCCACGCCAUCAACUGCAUGUAGUACAAAUACAGCAACAACCUGCACGCCAUCAACUGCAUGUAGAACAAAAACAACAACAAUCUCUAGGACAUCAAGUGCAUGCAGAACAAAUACAACAACAAUCUCCAGGACAUCAAGUGCAUGUAGAACAACAGCAACCUCAACAAACACUGCAUGUAGGCCAACAACAAGAACCUCCAAGCCAUCAACUACAUGUAGAACAAAAACAGCGACAAUCUCCAGGACAUCAAGUGCAUGUAGAACAACAACAACAACCUGCACGCGUCCAACUACAUGUAGAACAAAAACAGCGACAAUCUCCACGACAUCAAGUGCAUGUAGAACAACAACAACAACCUGCACGCGUCCAACUACAUGUAGAACAAAAACAACAACAAUCUCCACGACAUCAAGUGCAUGUAGAACAACAGCAACCUCGACACACACUGCAUGUAGACCAACAACAACAACAACCUCCACGCCAUCAACUACAUGUAGAACAAAAACAGCGACAAUCUCCACGACAUGAAGUGCAUGUAGAACAACAACAACAACCUGCACGCGUCCAACUACAUGUAGAACAAAAACAGCGACAAUCUCCAGGACAUCAAGUGCAUGUAGAACAAAAACAACAACCUGCACGCCAUCAAGUGCAUGUAGAACAACAACAACAACCUGCACGCGUCCAACUACAUGUAGAACAAAAACAGCGACAAUCUCCACGACAUCAUGUGCAUGUAGAACAACAACAACAAAAACCUCCAGGACAUGAAGUGCAUGUAGAACAAAAACAACAACAACCUCCACACCAUCAACUACAUGUAGAACAAAUACAGCAACAAUCUCCAGGACAUCAAGUGCAUGUAGAACAACAACAACCUGCACGCGUCCAACUGCAUGUAGAACAACAACAACCUGCACGCCAUCAACUGCAUGUAGAACAAAAACAGCGACAAUCUCCAGGACAUCAAGUGCAUGUAGAACAACAACAACAACAACAACCUGCACGCCAUCAACUGCAUGUAAAACAAAAACAGCAACAACCUCCACACCAUCAACUGCAUGCAGAACAAAAACAACAACACUCUCCACGACAUCAAGUGCAUGUAGAACAACAGCAACCUCGACAAACACUGCAUGUAGGCCAACAACAAGAACCUCCACGCCAUCAACUACAUGUAAAACAAAAACAGCGACAAUCUCCAGGACAUCAAGUGCAUGUAGAACAACAACAACAACCUGCACGCGUCCAACUACAUGUAGAACAAAAACAACAACAAUCUCCACGACAUCAAGUGCAUGUAGAACAACAGCAACCUCGACACACACUGCAUGUAGACCAACAACAACAACAUCCACGCCAUCAACUACAUGUAGAACAAAAACAGCGACAAUCUCCUCGACAUCAAGUGCAUGUAGAACAAAAACAACAACAAUCUCCUCGACAUCAAGUGCAUGUAGAACAACAACAACAACAACAACAACAACAACAACCUCCACGCCAUCAACUACAUGCAGAACAACAACGUCGACACCAAACAAUUCGUGUAGAACAACAACAACAAGUUAAUCAUCAACUACAACAGCUGCAACAAUUUCAUAUCAUGCAACAACAGCAAAAACAACUUCAUGCAGGUCAAAAAGAGGAAAAACCUCCACAAGAACAAAUUCAUACAAAUCAACAACAACGAAAACCUACAAACACUCAGAUUCAUAAAGAUCAACAGCAACCGCAUCCACACUAUCAACAUCAUAAAGAACAGCAACAAUUACAACCUCCACACCAACAACUUCAGAGAAAUCAACAAGAAGCAAAACUAUCUGACAACCAAUUUCCAUACCAGAAAGUUCAUAUAGCGGAACAGGUUCCUCAACCACCGCCACAACUUCAUUUUAUUCAUCAACAGCGACUGAAAUUGCAUGCAGAACAACAACAACAACAAAUUAAUGAAAACAAACUUCAGCAGAAUCAGGUUCAUAUAGGUCUACACCCACAACAGCAACGUAAACAACAGCAUAAACUUCAUAUUAAUCAACAACAGCGACCGCAGCAGCAGCAACAACUUCAUACGAAAGCACAACAUCAGCCACAACAACAGCAUCAACUUCAUACGAAAACACAACAACAGCAUCAACCUCCACACCAACAACUUCGUAAAGAACAGUUAAAAAUUCCACACCAACAACUUCAUAUGAUACCACAUCUCCAUUCAAAACAGGAGCAACAACUUCAUAUUAAUCAACAUCAGGAACCUAAACAACAGCAACAAUCUUCAAACCAACAAUACGAUAUUAAUCAACCUCAACCGCAUCAAAAUAUCAAUAUUGAUCAGCAACAAGAAAUCAUCAAUGGCAAGAAAUCUCCUCAACAACAGCAGCAUCGACUUCAUCAAGCCAUUGAAAAUAAAAAACAAUUCGAACAACAACAACUUCAAGAACGUAAUUUCAAAAAACAACGUCAACAGCAACAUCAUCUCCAGCAGCUACAAAUAAAUCAUGUCGAUCAACAACAGAAAUCAAAGAAACGGCAACGGUUUGGUAUUGAUCACAUUAAGAUACAAAACCAAUUUUCUGUCAAUCAGGGACAAUCACAGCAAAAGCAACAAACACAUUUAAAGCAACACCAGCAAAAAUCGAAGCAACAGUCACAACUUGAUAUCGAUCUCUCUCAACAUCAAGCUCAAACUCAUCAACAUCAUAAGCAAACACCCGAGCAACAACAUGGCAGUGUUAAACAACUCGAUCUAUCUCAACUUCAACCGCAAACUCACCAACAUCAUAAACAAAUACCCGCCCAACACCACAUUAGAAUCAAACAACUCGAUCUAUCUCAACAUCAAUUGCAAACUCAUCAACAUUAUAAGCAAACACCCGAGCAACAACACGGCAGUGUUAAACAACUCGAUCUAUCUCAACUUCAACCGCAAACUCAUCAACACCAUACACAAGCACCCGAGCAACAACAUGGUAGUAUCAAACAACUAGAUCUGUCUCAACAUCAACCACAAACUCAUCAACAUCAUAACGAUCGAUCUCACAAACAUCUACAACAAAGCCAUAACGAGAACUCACACAAACAAAUGGUAUUAAAACAACACGGUGAAAACAAAAGUCAAACUCGUGGUGGAAUUUAUCAUGUUAACAAUCGUCAACUCACAUUUCCUGUCCCUUCUACUGGUCACGGUAAUAUAGCCAUGCAUGUUCAGAUUGCAACAGCAAAGUAA